AUGUUGUCGACUGCUGUUACGCUUUCAUGCCUACUCUCGGCCGCCAUGGCCGGCGCUUUGCCCAACAAGCGUCAAGAGUCAUCGUCUGUAGUAGGCGUUAGCUGUGUCACUGAAAUGGGCUCUACCUCGAUCGCCACUGUCCCUUCUACGACCACGACUAUCACGUCCACCAACCAGGUGGUCUUUGAAACAACAACCAUUCCCAUCACAACCGAGACCCCUGAUGCAGUGACUGUCACCAGUACCGACUACACAACUGAGACUGAGACCGUCACCGAGACGACAAUCACGGACACUUUUUCUACAACCUCGACUGACUUUGUGACCACCACUACCACGUCGACUGUUACCGCCACCGAAACAACGACCACUGAUGUUUCCACUACAACCACGGUUACUAUUUCUAGUAAGCCAAGCGGCACAUGGUAUGACAUACAUGAUACUGCUGAUGGCUAUCCCUCGACUGGUUCCAAGGUCAAGAGAUCCAAGUGCAAGCAUGACCCAGAGGCUCAAUCCUCCAGCACCCUCCCCAGUGCUUCUGCCGGCAUGAGUCUCAUCUACAAUACUACUCAGCCAACUGCCACAUACUCCAUCAGCAACUCGAGCACUACAGUCGCAACCUUUGGUGCCGAGAAGACUAUCUCCUGCGGUAGCGACGAUACACCCGAGGACAACGGUUUCUACGCCGCCGCAGUCUACUGCUCUACUACCGUCGAGGUUCUCACCACCUCGACUGUCAUUUCCACCGGUGCGGCCAUGACCAUUACUGCCACGGCUGAUACCACCUCCACUACCAUUACAUCCACCAUCACGUCAACCUCUACUGUGGUUCCCGACGACGUGUCGACCACCUUGUCAUUCUUUGAGACCGCCACCAUUACAGAGACCGCCAUGGUAACGACGACCGCUACGACCACUACCACCAACACCAACGUAGCCACCAGCACGACCAGCGCCUUCUCCAUCUGCACCGAUUCGGCCAACUUUGUCAUGUCGCCCUUUACCAACAAUGCCGGCCGCACUGUAGAGCUCUGGCAAUUCACCUCUACCGCUAGCUACACCCUUGCUGUUGGUGACACCAGCUCGCAAUAUGCGUGCUGCAACUCGUGCGCAGCUCUCGGCACCGCCUGCGCCUUGUCCUACUUCAACGGCAACGGCUACUGCUACAUGCUCAAGCCCGUUGCUGCCUACACCAAGCAGUCCAACUUUCACCUGAUUGGCUAUACUCGCAGCACUCUCACCGGCACCAAGCUUGGUGUUGCCAACGGCGAGGGUGGCUACCUUCUCCAGAACUACUCUGGCUAA